UUUUUUCUUUGUGUGGGGUGGGGUAUUUAUGGAAACAGAAAGGAAAAUGGGGUAAAUUAGAUAAACGAUUAACUGGAAAACUGGCCUUAUCAAAUAGAAAAAUAUAAAUGGGCAUUAGGCGGCGGUAGUGUCACUUGUGUAUGAUGAUGAAAUGGACGCGGUAUUGGAUGUGGAAAAAUCAGAAGUCCCGGGCAUCGCUGUGCAAUGUGACCUACUGUUACCCAACGGUCAUAUGCAAAGGACCUAUGAAUUCGACAUAACCGAUAUCGGUCUUCGACGGCGCCUAGUGCGCCGAUUCUAUGGCAUACUAAUCCUACAGGUGGCCUGCACCUUGCCCUGCCUUGAGUUGUUUCUCAAAUAUCCUUUGCCUUACAACUUUGUCGUUGGACCAUCUAUGGUAUUCACAGUGUUUCUGUAUACGUGUUUUUACAUUUGGCGAGAUUGGAGAAGACAUCGGCCCUACAACCACUUUGUACUGCUUCUGAGCACAUUGAUUGGAUCCUUUAAUAGGAGCGUAUAUCUACUUAACCUGGUGGAGACCCAUUGGGUAUAUAUUUAUCCAGCCAUUCUUAUUUUUGAAAUCUUGGGCCUAAUGCUGUACUCUUCCCAGGAGCGUUUUCGUUUUACCCAGAUUCGCGGUAUUUCCAUAAUCUGCCUCAUCUUUGGGUUGUUUCUCCUGCUGGCCUACCGAUUGAACCGGAUGAUGGAGGUCUUCUCAGCAAUGGCCUGCACCGUAGAAGCGUGGUACGUAAUCUACGACACCCACUACAUGCUGUGCGGUCGUCAUGGCUACAAUAUUGGACCCGGGGAGUUCGUCUAUGCAGCUUGCAACAUACAUUGCGAUCUGCCUAAGGGAAUGUGGCGACUGAUGAAGAUGCUCUUCUUCAGCAAAAUUGUAGAGGCCGUUCGCAUGUUCCGCGAAUGCUUCAGGACCGAGGUUUGCUGAUGGA